AUGGAGAAUUUUGGGGAACUUUUCUCUCCAAAAUUCAUCACUUUUUACGCGCACGAAUACAUAACAAAUAUGCAGCAAAACAUGAGCGCUUCUUUCAAAACCUGCUGCGUUCAGAAAGGGUUCAGAGCGAACGUUUUCGUUGAACGAGUUGGACGACGUCACGGGCGACGACAUAAUAAUAAUAAUUUUAAUAAUAGUAAUGAGAAGAAGAGCAACACCAAGAGAAUCAACGACGGUUUUAGGAGACAACGGGUACGAGUAAAAGUAACAUCAGCGGCGGGAACGACGGGAAAUGGCGAUGAUGAUGAAGAAACAAUAAAAGUUAUCCUGAAAGUACCGGAUAUGAUGUGCGAAGGAUGCGCGGAAUCCGUCACGAACGCGUUGGAAAGUAGCGAUUCUUUCGCCUCCUCCUCCUCUGUGAAAGGAGAGAUUUCGAUCGAUUUGGAGACAAAGUUCGUCACGGUGAGCGUAAAAGGGUGCGCGUCGGCGGUUGAAGCGAUGGGGAAGAUACCAGAGUUUGUGCAAGCGCUGAAAGAGAACGGAUUCGACUCGGAGCCGGUGUUUGAUUAA